AUGCAGAGGAAGCAGCCAGCCCCGAGUUCCUUCCUAUCCGACCACAGGCCCACAGGCCGGGAGCUUCCUGGGCCGGACAGAGGGAGGGCGAGGGAGCCCACCGGGAGGGGGCCCCGACAGGUCAGCCAGCGCGCCCUGCGCACGCCCUCCUCAGCGCUUCGGCCACUGCCUUCCCGCGCGGCUGGAGGCACGCAGGCGGCGGCCGGCCCUCACCUCGGAUGGGCGGGCGCCUACCCACGGGCGCUCGGUCAGGGAUUCGACCCGCUCCGACAGGUUCCGACCCCAGCGCCCCACGCAGGCCACUGGCAAGCAGCGGCGUGCACCCCCGUUCCCGGCAGCCAGCGGGGGGGGCGGGGGGGGUCUGAAGAUCGCCCAACAGCCCGGGGCAGAAGCAACGGCAGGUGCAAACAAGCGGGGAGCACAGCGCCCGUCUUUAGAGUCGGACCCAUGCAACACCCAGGAGGCGAGCGGGAGCGCCCGACUCGCACCUGCACCAGGAGGCCGCGGAAAGGAAGAUUCCAGGGCCCGAAGCCGCGCUCCUCCUCCGCCCCACACCCCUGCCCUGUCCCCCAGUUCGGGGGCCACGACUCGGGCCCCACCGUGACCCGGAAUCUCAACUCUGAAAUCCCAGGAGCUCCAGCGACAGAACCAGUCCUGACACGGGGCGGCGGGGCUCCGGGCGCAGGGGCGGAGUCCGGGGCUCCUCCCCCCAGAAAACCGAAAGCCUCCCCCAAACCGGGGGCUGGGUCUGCCCCGCCUCGCCCGCCCUAA